GUUGGCUAAACUGUAUGCACGUGAUAACCCUAAUAGUAAAAUCAUUGUGACAUAAAUACAGUUAGCUAUUUUACAGUUUAUUGUUAAGCCGGUUUUGUCAUGUUUAAUAGUAAAUAAUUUACAAACAAAUAUAAUAUAUAAUAUACAAUUGUUUUUACAAAUUUAAUCAAUAUCAAUUUGAUUGUGUUUGCUUUUUACGGUUAUGUACUUAAAUGCAGUAUUAUUUAAUACUAUGCUUUAGUUAAUGUAAAAUAUAUAGAUCAAAGUGCUUUUAUUUAACCUUUUCAUUUAUCUCUUCUUUUGUAUAAUUUAUAUUGAAAAUAUAUUAUUUAUAUUAUGGCGAAUACAAAAGAAUUACCAGAAUUGCAAGUUUUUAAAACAGUAUUGUUUCACUGUUUAAUAAUAAUAGCAUUUCCUGUGCUAUCGUUUUUUAUGAGUAAAAUCUUUAUAUUUGAUGGAUUAUUGGGAAAAAAUAGCAUAUCGAGCAAUGUAUAUUCGGCAGGGGUUGCAAUCGUGGUCUUACAUAUCGCAUUGGCAGCAUUUAUAUACAGAGCAUAUUUUGAUGAACGGUCCAAAACAGAAGUCAAGAAAGAUUAAUUAAUUUUAUUAGUCUACACGUGCAGUUCAGUACACUUCCAUAAUUUUCAUCUACAUUUAAUCAGUCAUCAAGACAUUAUUGAAAUAAAAAAAAUGUGGUUUGCUUGUAUAAUUGUAAUAUAUAUAAAUUACAUAAGCUUUGAUGAUAUUUAAUAUAUAAAGUAUUGUAAUUAUAUAAGAUAUACGUGGGUGUGUUGCACGACAUAGCAAAAAUUAAUAUCAUUUGUAUGACAAAAAAAAAGUUAAAAAAUGGAUAAUGAACAUUCCUAUCGAAUUUUCAAUUAUUAUAUAUUUUUUUAUGAUGAUAUAACUAUUGGAAGUAGAUGACUUUGAUGAUUUAAUUUUAAUAAAUUUUCCAUUCUCGUCUAAUAUAUGUGUUACAAAAAUGAACAAAAAAUUAGAUUACUAUUAUUGAAUAUAAUAUAUUGACAACAAA